AUGCAACUGAACAGGGAAGCGGAAGCAGUAACAGAAAGAAAGGAGCAGGAGAGUAAAGAGAACCGAGACAUCGUUGAAACAAUUUUCGACGUUCAACAUUUGGCUAAACAGAACAUGUCCUUCUGUGGCUAUGACGAGUCGUAUGAUUCAAAACACGAAGGCAAUUUCCUUGAAGAGCUUCAAUUUCUUUCCAAGUACCACGCCCCCUUGAGGAAAUGGAUGGAUACGCAACCCGAGAAUGUCUCAUAUUUCUCCCAUCUGAGUCAAAAUGAGAUUAUCAGUAUUCUUAGCAACCUCAUUACCGAAGUUGUCUGUAAUGAAAUCCGAUUGGCAAAAUAUUUCUCCAUCCAGUGUGACGAGGUUACCUCUCACAAAAAGGCCUUGAUGUCCGUUAUAUUGCGAUAUGUAACAGAUUUUAAGAUAACUGAGAGGUGUAUCAGGCUUGUGAGGGUGUCCAGCUUAAAGGGGCGUUCUUUAGCUGAGGUGAUCGUGGACAUUAUGAAAGACCUCAGACUUUCAUUAAUAGAUCUCAUUGGUAAAGGCUUUGACGGUGUUGCAAAUAUGUCCGGCAAGGACGAGGGAGUGCAACUGCAUUUGACGGAAGCUGGAGCUGAGUUUUCAAUCUAUUUCAUUGCUUUGCCCAAAAGCUUAAUCUUGUUCUUGAACAAAGCGUAG